AAAAGUUGGAGAUAGGUUAGCUGAAAAAUUCGGCUGCCACACAUAUCUCAGCUGCUGAAGGCGCCGCCGCAGCUGGGCUGCGGGGUACUAGUUUCGGUCCUGGCAACUGCAGUUGCUCUGAAAUUUCCCCUCUGCCUGACAUGCUACCCUUUGAAACCUUGAGGCUGCCCAAACUUCGAGCAUCCUUCAUGCUCGAUGACAUUUUGUAAUCUUCUUCCUCUGGCUGCUGCAACUCUCUUUCUGUUUCGGACGAACGUACGCCCUUGUCUUGUUUCGUUCAAGUAAUGGAACAGUCCAGUAUGAUGACGCACACUCCAGCACAUUCGCAUAUCCUCCGUCUGUAUCCCCGUUCUUGCUAUUGUCCAGCUGCACAGCGCCGUGUGCAGCCACCGCAGUACGAUCCAGAGGCCUCUCGCCGCACCACCGCGCGUGUGCGGCUAAACCACAUUGCGAUGAUGUGCACGAAAACACCAAAGCCGAAAACCCGCGGCGACGGACGUGCCAAAACCGCCGAUAAAGCUCCGAGCGAAGCCAAACGCCGGCGCACCACCGACAGCUCAAAUGGAGAAGCUCAAGAAACAUCUCUGCGAGCUCCACCGCGGCGGCGGCGGCCGCCUCCUCGCGACCUACCUCCUCGCCGCCGCCGUCGUCGCGGGCGUCCUCGCGCUCGCCCUCCUCCUCGUCUACCGCCCCAUGAAGCCGCAGGCCUCCGUGGCGCGCGCCGCCGUGUUCCGCCUCGCCAGCGCCACCGCUGCCAACAACAGCUCGGCGCCCGCGCCCUACGCGGUCUCCGCCAGCCUGCAGUUCACGCUGCUGCUGCACAACCCCAGCGACCGCGCCGCCGUGCUCUACGACGGCCUGCUCGCCUACGCGUCCUACCGCGGGGAGCCCGUCACCCCGCCCGCGCAGCUACCGGCGCUCGUCCAGGAGCGCGGCGCCGACGUCGCGCUGUCGCCGGUUCUCGGCGGCGGCGCCCCCGUGCCGGUGUCGGCGGACGCGGUGCGCGCGCUGGCCGCGGACGGCGCGGCGAGGCGCGUGCAGCUCCGGCUCGUCGUCGUGGGACGGGUCAGGUACAGGGCCGGGCCGUUCAGGACCGGGUGGCGGGACCUGUACGUGCGGUGCGACGCCAUUGUCGGGCUGGGCGUGAAUGCCUCGGCGGGCGGCGGGGACGUGCCGCUGCUCGAGUACCCCCGCUGCGCCGUGGACGCUUGAAUGCUUGAUUCAGUUGGCGCCAGCCGCCAGGCCUCUCAUAGGUUUUGGUGUGAAAUUGGAGAAUAAUGAACUGGAAAAAAUCAUUGCAUUCUGGCCCAACCAAUUUCAUGCGUUGUGAAUUGUGAUCAUCUAUUGACUCUGGUCUAACUCUUUGUCUUACAAAUUGCAUAUGUUUUUACAUUUGAAAUCCUAUGUAAAUUUGAAAGCUAACCAAUAAGUCUACACUUCUGGAGUAUAAAUCUUACACGGGGCAGAGAACCAAUCUGAGGUUGGGUGGUUAGGUGGGUGGUUGUACCCCUAGCCCACCAGAGUUCAAACCCCAGGUUUGACAUCUGUGUGUCUCAUAAAGGCGGAAUAUUCAUUCAGUGGGAGGCGACGUUCCCGUCGACAGCGAGGCGUCUGUGGUGACUUCGUCAAUUUCAAGAUCCAAUCCGCCGGCUCAGUCUUUCGGAGGUGCUCAUAGGGGUAGGGUGUGCGUGUGUGCGUUCAUAGGGGUGAGUGUAUGCGCGUGUAUGUGAGCGUCUGCGUUUGUA